AUGAAUAUCAGCGGCAUCGAACUUUCAACAAUAUCUCCUCAAGUUAAAUGUGGGACUGUUAGCACGACUUCAAGCUGCCUAACGGUAAACCAGGAUGCGUGGUACCGGCGUUUCAGAGAAUGGGUCGAUAGUUUUAAAGACUGGUCUCUUCCCUAUGGAGAGACGAAAAUCUCAAUAUAUGACUUUAUAACCAACAACAUUUUGCCCUGGUGGAUUAAAUGUAAAAAGUGUGGACGUUGGAGGCACGUAUCAAUUGGUAAUGCUACGAAUCCAGCGAUCUUUGGACGGAAAUUUAAGUGUUCAUUGAUUUCAAGCCUCAAAGGUGAUCCGUGUUCUCAACCAGAAGAUCAGCGAGUUUCUCUGGUUAUAAAUAACCGCGUUAACUUCCAAGCCAGCAUGCAAAUGCCAGGUCUAGUGCACGAGAGUCAGCUAAUCUUCCUCUGUCCUCAGUAUUCGCCUGUUUUGCUGGGAAUAGAACCUCCUGCUAUAGGAUCCCUUAUCGAUCACGCCAAGUGUAGUGACUGGUCAUUGAACUAUCCGGAGUAUCGGAAACCAUUUUGUGGACCAAGUGAGUUUCCGAUUCCUGCUGGAGCCUGGUCGCCCAUUGAAAUUUUUAAGUGGGAGAAUUCUUUAUUCCCCUUCAUGACACGGUACCCAUCGUUAUAUCGGGCCAUAAGAAACACUGUGAUAUAUCUCUGGAAUCACAAAAAAUUUCGAAUGGUCACUGCCGAAAGCGCAGCAAGAUCCCUUCUCAUCAGGGGACUAAUACGCAUCAUAAUCGUCGAUGAGUGGCUUCCCUUUUUUCUUGAGCACCUGACCCAUCGAGGCCUCAUCAACUUUGGGCUCUGUGCCAAGUGCAAUCCUCCCAAUUGUCCGAAUCUACGAUGGAGUGUGGUCAUUGGACCCAUGGAUUUAAAGUCGGCAGUCUUACACUGUCAACUGAAAAACAGCUUUGAACUGCAUCGAAUGCAUUCCACAAAUGUGCCCGAUGUAGCUGAAUUCCUAACACUUGAAAAUGUCUACAUUUCUAAUGUAUUUGCUGAAUCCCAGUUUACAUUUCGGUCGGACGGGAUUGAACAAAAUCAAAUUACCUUCUUGAAUCACAGCAUUGGAAACCACGUGGUUGAUCCAAUUAACAAUGACGUGAUGGUGCUUGCACAUCAAUUACAUCUGCCAAGUGUAGCCGAAUUGCCGCCAACCAUAUUUAACCCAAGGGGUGAGAGGCUGGUGGUUGUCGUUGAGGACGUGUUCAACCGCGUUCAAAGAAGCGCCUACAAGUUCUUCCUUGCCAUAAUGACCAAAAAGACACUUGAAACUGAGACUGUCAGCUUAAGGACUGUGCAAGAUAUGUUUGAUGUCUUGCGUUGUAGCAUGUUGGGAGGACUACCAGAACAGGAAGCUUUCCAGAAUGACUCCCAAUUGUGCGAGUACUUUCUUGCAUGUAUAGAGGAACGGCUGAUCGAGCGCUUGCUUCUUUACGGCAAUGAAGAUACCCCAUCGCCUAUCUCUCUUUGUGACAUGUCACCCACUUCACUGCAUUCCUUGUUAUCGAGGUCGGAUCCUUUUUACUUACACGCCUUACACCUCCUCAGUGAUAACUAUAGUCCCCUUACAUUUGCUGGACUCAAUGCCCAUAAAGUGCUUGUCAGCCGACUUAUUCCCUCCAGUCCCGAGGAGAAUAGGGUGUGCAGUGUUGUUUUUCAACACAUCGGUCCGCACGGUGGUCUGUACAUCCUGCGUCAGAAUGGCACUGAACUUCAGCUGGUCGCCUCCGUUAUCGUAACCCUUCCCAGCUCAGCCCUCAAAAUAAUAUUUUGUGAUGAUCCAGUAGAGGAGGCGCUUAAAUCGCACCCUCUGAAGGCGGACAAUGACGUUUUGUCGAUAUACUUGCCGCAUCACUUCCGUAUUCCCUCCGGUCAGACAAGAUGCUACCCCAGAGAAAUGACAGAAAAACCGCUUUGCAUAUCAGUGACUCUCGUCUAUCCAUCGCCUUGGUGGCGUCCACUCCUUAGCCGGGCGAUGGAACCCGAUUCUUUGUUUAUGGAGGGUUACGGAGUUGAUCUUGACGCAUUUCCAGAGGACAACAAAGCCCCGUCUUUAUUUGCAUUCAUCCCAGAGGACCGCUCGAUGCGCGGUUUUUGUCAUAACUUUAGAGACCUAUCUUGCGAAUCUCCAGACAGCGUGGGCAUAAUUCAAACCCACAUUCUUUCCAAAAGUAUCGACAGUUACUGGGCAGACAAUGACGCGUCUCUGACUCAAUUGGUGCACUCUCAUUUGGUAAAAUGUCUCAAGGCCAGUAAGAAUGGCUACGAGAGGUACAUUGCCAGUUCAAUAAACCGUUUGUCGCCUUUGGCUGUGGCCAACGCCCCAUGGAAUGCGCCUUACAUGGAGGCCAGGUCUGCAGAGCCCGCACUCACAGAUAUCGGUAUGGCCAUUCACUUCAGUGAUGCAAAAAAACCAGAAGUGGAAAUCACCAAGGCAGACUUUUACAUCACGGAGGAUUGGUGGAGACUCCUGUCAGAUGGAGCAGCUAUUCAUGUUUUGCCAGAGUUGACACAUUCUUGUGAAACCACCAAAUCUCCGGAGGAUGAGACGUUGGCAAGGGACGCUUUAUCAUGGGAAGUGAUGAUGGGUCUGAGGUGGGCUAAGUUCUACCUCUCAGAGAACUCGUCUCCAGGCUGGUCGGAGAAGCGUGCAAUAGCUACUCUAAAGGCUGCAGCUAUCAACACGCGUGGUGCUCUCUAUUUGGGAAGUCCUUGCCUUUUUAUGGAGACUGGGGAUGUUAAUGAUGAUGACAGCGGAGACGAGAACGAUGAUGACGUCGGCGAAAUGAAAAGUCGGGUAGUAAACGUCUUCAAACGUCCCCAUCCUCCGUCCCUACGUCGCUCCUCCCGACAAGUCAAACGACCUUGCACAUUGAAUCUGUGA